CGUUUCGUCGUAAACACUCCAUGCCACCUGCUCGUAUGUUAUUCGUCUGUAAUAUUUAAGCGCAAUCAUCGUCAUCCGAAUCGAUUGAAUUUCAGUGCGAGAAUGGCGGCUGGUGAUGACGGUAUUCCAACCUUCAAGUUAGUUCUUGUCGGUGAUGGAGGUACCGGUAAAACUACUUUCGUGAAGAGACACUUAACCGGUGAAUUCGAAAAGAAAUACGUUGCAACAUUGGGCGUAGAAGUGCACCCGUUGAUUUUCCACACAAACCGAGGGCAGAUUCGAUUCAACGUAUGGGAUACAGCGGGACAGGAGAAGUUUGGUGGAUUGCGUGAUGGCUACUACAUCCAAGGGCAGUGUGCUGUAAUAAUGUUUGAUGUGACGGCAAGAGUGACGUAUAAAAAUGUACCAAAUUGGCAUAGAGAUUUGGUGCGUGUUUGCGAAAAUAUCCCGAUUGUUUUAUGUGGUAAUAAAGUUGAUGUGAAAGAUCGAAAGGUGAAAGCAAAGACGAUCACUUUCCAUCGAAAGAAGAAUCUGCAGUAUUACGACAUCUCGGCUAAAAGUAAUUAUAACUUCGAAAAGCCGUUCUUAUGGUUAGCUCGUAAACUAUUGGGUGAUCCGAAUCUGGAGUUCGUCGCAAUGCCUGCAUUGGCACCACCCGAGGUGCAGAUGGACCCAACGAUGGUGGCACAGUACGAACAGGAGAUCGCUGCCGCUGCAACUGCCGAAUUGCCGGAGGAUGAUGAUGAUCUUUGA